AUGGCGGACGUAGACGAGUGGAGAGGGGCAAGCUUCAAGCAGGUGGAGGACCACAGCGAGGCCGUCACGACCCUCCUCGAGAGGGUCAACGCCACCACCAUCCCUGUGCUACUGCGCAGCACCAACAAGGGCCUGCACGAGCUCGUCGACGAGCUACUGAGCCUUGAGAAGGUUGCCCGCCUCGGCGGGGAUGCGCCUUCCACCCAGCGGCUCGCAGUGGAGGUGAUCCGCGUGUACCGCGUGCAGGGCGACUAUGCCAAAAUGUUGGACGUGCUUGAGACGCUUAUGCGCAAGCGUGGCCAAACAAAGCUGACGCAAAGUGCAAUGAUUGCGGAGUGCGCUGUGAUGCUCUCCGACGGCUCCCUGUCGAAGGAGCGCCGCAGGGAGGUGCUGGAGCGGGUCGUGCACCUGACCGACAGCAAGAUUCACGUGGAGCUCGAGCACGCCCGCUUUGCCAUUGACCUGGCAAGACUUAUGGAGAGCGAGGGGCAGAAGCGUGCGGCGUGUGACUUGCUGAGUGGUCUGCAUGUUGAAACCAUCACCAACAUGCCACGUGUAGAGAAGCUGGAGGCGCUGAAUCGGCUUAUCCGGCUCUGUCUGGAGUUGGAGGACUACGAGCACACACCGCUCGUCUCGCGCCGUAUUAACCACAGGGCGUUGGCGCGUCCAGAGUCGCAGGAUGCCAAAUUGACAUAUUUUGCACUCAUGCGUCGGUACUACGCGCAGCGGCAGUCUUACUUUAACGUGGCGCGUUGCUGGUACGAGACGUACCUCACGGAGACCGCGGAGGCCGCCAAGCUCGCGGCCCUCAGCAGCAUGGCGGUCAACUACCUCAUCGCCGAGCACGCCGCCCCCAAGGCGCUGGAGGACCUCGCGGAGUGCACUGCCUUUUCGCCCGCCACGAAGUUUGCCGAACGCAACGCCGCCAUUCAGGGCAUCGCGACGUCGCUGCAGAAGCAACUGGAGGACGUCCCGCAGUUGCAGUACCUACUGCAGCGGUUUACCAGCAUUGAGCUGAUCCGCGAGAGGGUGGCCGGCGAGGUGGAGACGCUCUGCGAUAAUCACCCGGAGCUUGCGGGGCACGAGGACCGUCAGUUGUUGCUACGAAGCCGCUGCAGCGAGCACGACCUGCUCGUCGUCUCCCGCUUUUACCGCCGCCUGCGCCUCGACCGCCUCGCCCAGCUGGUCGGCCUUACCCCGGAGCACACGGAGGAGUUCCUCAUGAUGAUGGUGGCCUCCAAGUCCCUCUACGCCAAGAUGGACCGCGUGGACGGGCAGGUGGUCUUUGAGGCCAAAAAGAACGCGACGGAGGUCAUCAACGGCUGGAACGAGGCGGUGGAGCGCAGCGUGGCGCUGCUGGACAAGGCCUCACACCUCAUCGUGAAGGAGCGGAUGCUGCACAACAUUUCGGCUGCGCGGGCGCAGCAGGCGGUGACGUUGUAG